GACCAAGUUUCGAAGCCUUGCAAACCGAGUUGUUGCAGUUGAUCGGUGGAGGACUACAAGUUUCUUCAGUCGCUUCACUGACUACAGAUUCAACCUAUGACGUCUGUCUGUCAGUUGAUGAACAAACAGCAGGGUUCUCAAAUUAUAAAAAUGCGUCCACGAUUCCGUCUAAACAGAACAACAAAGGGCGUAACCAGGUCAUAGGUCAUGUCAAAGAUGAAAUUGGGGAUGUGGCUAUUUUUAAUUUUUCUGAAAGAAAGAACAUCCUGAACGUCUUCAUAACAAUGCCAGCAUGUUACUCUAUAAAAGACCGCUCAGAGCCUA